AUGGGUCACGAUGCCGAACCCACGACACCAGGUACAAUUUCGCCAGAGUCAAUACCCUCGACUGGGCUCAGCGUGGUCUACGAGCCCCCGAAUGAUAAGCCAGUGGUUGAUAUCAUCAUGGUCCACGGGCUAAAGGGCCACCCUUACAAAACCUGGAGAUUUAUGCCGUCAGAAAAGGCCGAUAAAGCAUCGACACAUUCUGACAACGGGAUCUUAAAACCCAAGUCUUCUAAACGCCUUGAGUUCAGAAACAGCUUCAAGACCUGGAUGAAAGGAUCAUCAAGCAAGGACUGCCUCGAUCAAGGGAUUAUUGACUCUCCGCGUAGUACUUUCUCGGGGACUUCAACCGCUGAGUCGACUGUCUUUUGGCCGGCUGACCUUCUUCCUCAACUGUGCAAAAAUGCUCGCAUUUUGACCUUUGGAUACGAUACCAAAGUGACAAAGUUCAUGUCUGGACCAACCAAUAUGAACAGCAUUUUCUCUCACGGAAAGGACUUUCUCUUUUCUCUCGGACGCAUGAGAGUACCGGACCGUCCUAUUAUAUUUAUUGCUCACAGUCUUGGCGGUAUACUUGUGAAAGAGAUGCUGGCAUUGUCCUCAACUUCAGACAUCAAUUUGGUGAAGGGAAUAGUUGGGUGCACUGCUGCGGUAAUAUUCCUGGGAACACCCCAUCGCGGAAGUCCUGAACUCUCGGCCAUCGGGGAAUGGGCUAGAUCCGUCUUGAAUUCCUUUCAUUUCCAAACGACUUCAGCAAUUCUGGAUGCUCUUGGUCUUAAGACAACUGACCUUGAGCGAGCUCAUGAAGCGUUUUCUAGACUUUGGCUACAUUAUGACUUCAGAGUCAAGACCUUUCAGGAAGGCUUUGGACUUACUGGGAUCAAACUGGGAGUCCUGGGAAACAAGGUUGUACCUCAUGAUUCCUCACUCAUUGGAGAUUCACGAGAACAUGCGGAAACUCUGCAGGCCAACCACAUGGAGAUGUCUCGAUUCAGCAGCUCUCAUGAUCCUAACUUUGUCAAGGUCGCAGGAGAGAUUGUGGAUAUCUACACCGCAGUAGAGCGCGAACAGACUGAUCACAUCCAGACUGGGCCUUUUCGGCUAACUAGCGAAGCAAGCCCGGCUGCGCAAUAUGGUUCGAGAGAUCAGCAAAAUGUCAUUGACAAGAAGAUGUUAAGCACUCUGAUUCAAUCCCUACGCUUCAGCGGAAUGGAUACUCGGCGCGAAUGCAUUUCUCUCCCUUCGAUAAACACUGGACAGUGGCUCUUCCAAAACCCAAUAUUCCGCGCCUGGCAAAUGAGCAACCAUUUCAGCAAGCGAUUGUUGUUUAUUAAAGGCAAACCGGGAGCCGGAAAGUCGACACUCAUGAAAGAGGCCGCCCGAAGAACAAGGUCAGGGUUCCAAGGACGCGGAUGCUGCGCAAGCUUUUUCAUCAACACUAGGGGCGAUUUACUAGAAUGUUCACCAAGUGGGAUUCUAAGGUCUCUGCUCUGUCAACUCUUGACCUGCUGUGAGGACCUCAGAAUCAAUCUGGAGUCAGAGCCGGCUAUUGUGCUUAUGCGUAACAUGCGAGAGAAGGCUGCACUGUCGUCGAAAGAGUGGUCCGAUCAACAUAUGGAGAGUUUGCUCACUGAUGUCCUCGAAGUUCUUUCAUGUGAACUAGUUCCUGUCUAUAUCUUUGUGGAUGCCCUUGAUGAACUUGGCUCUGGAGAAGAGAGACAUGUGGUUGCGUUCUGGAUGAACCACGUCCAGUCGCAAAUAUUCCGGAAUACGCGAGUCUGCUUAUCCUGUAGGCACUUCCCCAACAUUUCAACCGCGGGAUGCCUGGAGCUGGUACUAGAUGCACACAACAGCCCUGAUAUUCUCACGUACAUAAACCUUCGAUUGAAAAGCCAUAUACACGAGGGGGAAGAGCACUGGCGUACAGACCUAUCCAAGAAGAUAUUCUCGAUGUCAACUGGAGUCUUUCUGUGGGUCGUGCUUGUAAUAGACGCCGUGUGUAUACACUACGAUCAGGGACAUAGUCUACGAGCCCUUGUACGCCUCGUUGAAGAUACCCCGACCGAACUGAAGGAGGUAUAUGCGCAGAUCAUAAGUACUCUUGUCGAGAGCGAAAAGUUACUUGCCUUGAGACUAUUCCAAUGGGUUACUGGGGCAGCGAGGCCGCUACGACUCGAUGAAUGGCACCACGUCCUGGCUUUUAUCGCGGCUCGGCCACCGAAAUCACUCAAGGAAUGGCGAGAGUCACUUACGUUCACUGAAAAUGAUCACCAACUCGAAAGGAUGAUUAAAACACUCUCAAGGGGCUUGUUGGAGAUAAGCAACAGUCAGUGUGACAUUGGGGCUAGCAAAGAAGCUGGGACAUCAUCUAUAAACGCAGGUGCUGGAUCUCUCGACCAUGAACAAGGUUCAGCUCGUGUCGUGCAAGUUAUACAUGAGUCGGUGUAUGAUUUCCUGAUGUUGCAGGGAGGCUUUGAACUCCUAGGAUGGACUGGAACCAGCAUCAUUGCCGACUGUCAUUGUAUGAUUGCCAUUACGUGUCUCAACUACAUGAACAUCCCAGAGCUGGAUGACCUUGUCGUCGCGCGUCAACUAAACAUGAUACGUGAUGUAGUAGCGUCCUCAAAGUGCUCUUCACUCAUGGAAGAACUCCAAGACUCGCACACGAGAGAGACUACCUUUGGUCCGAAGCGCACACUGGAUGGUCUUGUUACAUUGCCCAGGAUAGAUCCACAGAAGCUUGUCGAGGCUUGGGUCUGGAACGAGCACUUGGCAUCUUGCUCGAGCUCUAUCAGAGACACAGCUCACAAAUCAACCGCCUCCGUAUCUACUCGUGUCAAGUCUCAAGCGCUGAAAGACUAUCCCGCAUUACUUCUAUACGCAGCGUCCGAGCUGGACUACCACAUUCAUCUAGCUGACUCGGCGACGUCAGAACGCAUGAAAGCGAAACUUCACCGUCGCCUCUGGGACGAAGAAUUGAAGAAGCGACUGGCUGCGCUUGAUACAAAAAUGUGGGUUGAGAAGGACAUGAUAGAAGUUGAAAGCGAUAUUAGCCUGUCCUCUAGGUCUUCAACGUAA